AUGGCAAAAGUCAACAUAACUAGAGAUAUCAUCCGUAGGCAGAUCAAGGAGCGGGGUGCCCUGAGCUUUGAGCGGUGCUACCAUGUCACUGACCCCUUUAUCCGGCGUCUGGGCCUGGAAGCAGAGCUGCAGGGUCACUCAGGAUGUGUGAACUGUCUGGAAUGGAAUGAGAAAGGAGACUUGUUGGCUUCUGGUUCUGAUGACCAGCACACGAUUGUGUGGGACCCACUGCACCACAAGAAGCUGCUGUCCAUGCACACAGGACACACUGCAAAUAUCUUCUCUGUCAAGUUCCUGCCUCACGCUGGGGACCGCAUCUUGAUCACGGGGGCAGCUGACUCCAAGGUGCAUGUCCAUGACCUGACAGUAAAGGAGACAAUCCACAUGUUUGGAGACCAUACAAACCGGGUGAAGCGCAUUGCCACAGCGCCAAUGUGGCCCAACACAUUCUGGAGUGCCGCUGAGGAUGGGCUUAUCCGCCAGUAUGACCUUCGGGAGAACAGCAAACACUCGGAGGUGCUGAUUGACCUGACAGAGUACUGUGGCCAGCUGGUGGAGGCCAAAUGCCUCACUGUCAAUCCCCAGGACAACAACUGCUUGGCAGUAGGAGCCAGUGGGCCCUUCGUGAGGCUCUAUGACAUUCGCAUGAUCCACAACCACAGAAAGAGCAUGAAGCAGAGCCCUUCAGCAGGUGUGCACACCUUCUGUGACCGGCAGAAGCCCCUUCCGGAUGGUGCAGUCCAGUAUUACGUAGCAGGCCACUUGCCAGUGAAGCUGCCUGACUACAACAACCGUCUGAGAGUGCUGGUCGCCACCUAUGUGACCUUCAGUCCCAAUGGCACAGAGCUGCUGGUCAACAUGGGAGGGGAGCAGGUCUAUUUGUUUGACCUGACGUAUAAGCAGCGGCCAUACACGUUCCUCUUGCCUAGAAAAUGCCACUCCUCAGGGGAAGUCCAGAACGGCAAGAUGUCCACCAAUGGUGUGUCCAAUGGUGUAUCCAAUGGCCUGCACCUUCAUAGCAAUGGCUUCCGGCUUCCGGAGAAUAGAGGACACAUCAGCCCCCAGGUGGAGCUGCCCCCAUACCUGGAGCAUGUGAAACAACAAGCCAAUGAGGCUUUUGCUUGCCAGCAAUGGACCCAGGCAAUUCAGCUUUACAGCAAGGCUGUUCAGAGGGCCCCUCACAACGCCAUGCUCUACGGGAACCGAGCUGCUGCCUAUAUGAAGCGCAAGUGGGAUGGUGACCACUACGAUGCUCUGAGGGACUGCCUCAAGGCCAUCUCCCUAAACCCAUGCCACCUGAAGGCACACUUCCGCCUGGCCCGCUGCCUCUUUGAGCUCAAGUAUGUGGCUGAGGCCCUGGAGUGCCUGGAUGACUUCAAAGGGAAGUUCCCGGAGCAGGCCCACAGCAGUGCUUGUGAUGCAUUGGGCCGCGACAUCACAGCUGCCCUCUUCUCCAAAAAUGAUGGUGAAGAGAAGAAGGGAGCUGGUGGCGGUGGCCCAGUCCGCCUCCGUAGCACGAGCCGCAAGGACUCCAUCUCAGAAGACGAGAUGGUGCUGCGGGAGCGAAGCUACGACUAUCAGUUCCGCUACUGUGGCCACUGCAACACCACCACAGAUAUCAAGGAGGCCAAUUUCUUUGGCAGCAAUGCUCAAUACAUCGUCAGUGGCUCUGACGAUGGCUCCUUCUUCAUCUGGGAAAAGGAGACCACCAACCUGGUCCGCGUGCUUCAGGGAGACGAGUCCAUCGUCAACUGCCUGCAGCCGCACCCAAGCUACUGCUUCCUGGCUACCAGUGGCAUUGACCCUGUUGUACGGCUCUGGAAUCCCCGGCCAGAGAGUGAAGACCUCACAGGCCGAGUUGUGGAAGACAUGGAGGGCGCUUCUCAGGCCAACCAGCGGCGCAUGAACGCCGACCCGCUGGAGGUGAUGCUGCUCAACAUGGGCUACCGGAUCACAGGCCUGAGCAGUGGGGGUGCUGGGGCCUCUGAUGAUGAGGACAGCUCCGAGGGCCAGGUGCAGUGCCGGCCCAGCUAG